AUGGCAAUGUCCGGCUUCGAAAGUCUGGGAUCUAUCCAGGCGAUCAGGCCCCAUGAUCCAGGCGACGCUGAUGUCGCCCUUGUGCCUCUACCACCUCAGAUGCCCUGCGACUUUCUCAACGCCCCUUCCAAGAACUUUGAAUUCUUGCUGCUGCAGAUUCGCUUGCAAUACGCGCGGGAGACCUCCGAGAUGAGGUCCGAGAUUCUGCGGCUGCUGACUGAGAAGAAUGCCAUGGAAACGGAGGUGGAUUUGCUUCGCACGCAGAACGAUCAUCUGCGCUCCCCCGUGACGGAAGUGCCCACGGACGAGUCCAGCCGGCGCAGCGGUGCCAGCCACGCAAGCGCUGCCUCCAGGAAGGUUCCAACGCUUUCGGCGGCCAUCGCAAAGCAGCACGGCAACCUGCGGGAGAUGCACGCGGAGGAGAUCAUCGAGGCCAUGGACAAGUCAGGGGAAGUUGAGCUCCUGUUCAAGGAGUCCGAUCUCCGGAAGAUGAUCAGGAAGAGCAAUACCACGUAUAUGCCUGCAGAGACGGCUUCGGAGCGGGAGGAGAGGUUGAAGACCAUGUCGCGCAUGGACAUAUUUUCGGAAUUCUUGCAAUCCAACACUUACGAGAUGAUUAUGGCGCUAUGCUUGUGUAUCAACGUGUUCUGGAUGGCUUUUGAGCUGCAGUUCGAGGGCGCGAUCACGGGCUACGGCUUGGGGGUUUACCCCAGCAGAGUCAGCGAGGAGGACAUGAACGGAUGGAACACCUUCUUCCUGGUCGGGGAUAUUUUCUUCACCGCGCUUUUCGCCUUUGAUGUCUUCUUGAGAAUUUUCAUGUUGAAGCUUGCGUUCUGGAAGGUCUGGAUGAACUAUGUCGACGUAGCUGUCACGGCCACCUCCCUCAUCGAAGUCACCAUCUUCUACGCUGCCACGUUGCCGGUGAACCCGGUGCUCUUUCGGCUGCUGCGGAUCGGGAAGCUGGCGCGAGCCAUCCGCAUGGUCACAAUGACGAGUGUGCUGGCGUCUUUGCAGUUGCUGGUGAAAUGCUUGGCAUCUAGCAGCAACAUGCUCUUCUGGAGCUUUUGCCUCCUGACCUUUGUGCAGUGCGUGGCGGGUCUCAUCAUCAGCACCCUCUGCCUGGAAUUCAUUGCAGACGAAAGUGCGGACCUGGCCUUGAGGACCCUGCUACUGCUGCCGGCCGCCCCGGCCGCCGACGACGCUGGUUUCGCUGUCCUGAACAUCAUUAACGCAGUUUUUGUCCAGCAGACUAUGAAAACCGCGAGCUCAGACGAGGAAAUUGCUUUCAAGCAGAAGGAGAAAGACAUUCAAGCCUAUACCAGAAAGGUGAAAAAGAUGUUCCAGACUAUGGACACCUCAGGCGAUGGGGCGAUCAACCUGCAUGAGUUUUCCAAAUUAGUGCAGUCUCCAAAACUGAAGUUUUGGAUGGGCCAGCUAGAGCUGGAGUAUCACGACCUGCUGAGUCUCUUUGAGUUCCUGGACAAUGGCGAUGGGGAAAUCACGCUCAUGGAGUUCAUCGACGGCGCCUCAAGGCUGCGGGGCUCCGCCAAGGCGCUGGACGUCUGGCGCCUGGAGACCAAACUCGAGGUUCUCUUUGAGGAGGUGAUCAACAUGUUGAAGCCCGAGCCGUCUCCCACCAUGAGCCCUGCAUCCCCUCAGCUCGCCAGCGUGCAGCAGGUGCUGUUCUUGGCGCCGCCUCUUGGUUGGAGCGAGGCCAUGCCGCUGCAGAUCAGGGCGAAGGAGGGGCUGCUGGGCCUGCGGCUGCGCGAGCUGGACGUUUCCCCGGACUGGCCUUUGGAGCUGAUGGAGGACUUUACGAGGGAGGCUGCGGAGCUUCUGGGCUUGGACAUGGAAGUGACGCUGGCACCCCUGGGGCCCGAUGAGGCCAUCGACCGGGAUCUGCUGGGCGCCGUAGCACGGCACCGGCGUGGGGAAGGCGCCAGCGAGAGCCUUUUGGAGAUGGCGGCCAGGAGCUGUGAUGUGAACCAGUGGCUUUGCGACUUUUUGAAGGCACAGCAGGGCCCAUUUGCUGACGGCUUCCUUGCUGUGGCCAGCUACAGCCGCCGCACAUUCCGACUGAGAAGGGCUUGGCCAGAGCUCACUGCGGACUAUCCCAUCCAGAGGAAGAAGAAUUCGGAACCGCCCGGGGAUGGCACUGUGCGAGGGUUCUACAAAGAGAGAUACGGCUUGGAGGUGACCGACCCGAAGCAGUGCCUGCUGGAGGGGGGCGACGGCGCGGCUCUGCGGCCCUUCGCCGCGGCGCGGGCCGGGCCGCCGCGCCUCGCGGCGCUGCUGGGCGGGGAGGAGGUUGCGGCCGGUGCUCCCCAAGGCGCCGAGCCGCUUGAACCCGGGCCCAUCCGACUGCUGCCGGAGUUCCUGCGGCCUCAUCCCUUAGCCACGCUGAAGCCGCUGCUGUGCACUCUGAAGUUGCUGCCCUUGCUGCUGAGGAAGAUGCAGCGGCUGCGAAGCCUUUCGCAGCUGCGGAAGAGCCUGAUGCACCCACGUUCGGAAUUGAUGCCACUGUCUCAGCCCCUCUUCCAGCGCACCGCCUACAGCCCAGGCAGGCGCUAUGCGCUGAGUGCGGAAAGGAUGUUGUGUGAGCAGCUGAUGGCGCCCGAGGACAGCGGCCACCGUCUCUCGAAUGUCGAGGUGGAGUGGUUGUUGGAGGUUGCCACCACCAGUUGCGGAGCAGAAGAGCCCUACGACAACUCCCGCCUUGCUUGGCUUGGCGAUGCCGUGGUUUUCUUCAUCGCCGUGUCCUGGGCCAUGGAGUUGGAGGUCUCCGUUCCGCUGCCGCAGCGGCAGCAGAAGGUGGCAGCGCUGAUCUCCAACAGGUGCUUGGGCCAAGCGGCAGCGGCCUUGAAACUUGAGGACUACCUCAACACAGUGCCUCUGGCGGCUUCUGGCGAGACCCGCGAGGCUUUGGGGCGCAAGGCGCCUGCUGACGCCAUGGAAGCCCUGCUGGGAGCCGCAGUUUUGGCAGGCGGCCUGGAGGCCGCCUGUGCGGUGAUGCGGCAGCUGCCCUGGUUCGGCACGGAGGAUGGCGAUGGUUAUGCAGUGCCCCUCGGCUCGCCGACAGAUGCUGCCAGUUGGCUUGGAGCUGCAGUGGUGCGCCUCAGCUGCUCCGCUUGGGUUCUUUGCCAUCACCCCGAGCUCUCGGCCCAGGGCCUCUCUGACCUGCGGCAGGAGUUGCUGACGCAAGGAGACGCGUCCUCCAAGCGCUCCGGCACCGGAUGCGGAGCUGGACCGACGUGGUUCCCAAUCCGUUUCGCCAGCGACUUGUACCCAGUGAUUCCUCUGGUGUUGUAG